AUGGCUUUGGCAAAUGCAUCCCUUUUAGCUUUCCGGCCGCUCUCUUCUCCUCCUCCUCCUCCUUCGCCUUCAUCCUCGCGCUCACACUUUCCGGCGACAGAUUUUCGAAAACCGCCGUUUGAAUUGACCGGAAAAAGACAUUGCAGGUCUAAUUUUAUUUCCACAUUUGCCCUUGAAAAGGGUGGAAUUUGUGAGGCUGAGGAUUUAGGUUUGGAGAAGGAAGAUAAUGGCGAUGAUGAUGAGCUGCUGGGAGUAUCCCACGAGACGACAGAGACUCUCUUGUACUCGUUCUCUCCUUUGAAUUUGCUGCUCUUGGCUGCUCUGCCUGGAGCUACAACCGUGACAUCUUUAUUCAGCCCUUUUGUUGAGCUCGUGAAGUCAUUGAACCUUCCGGAUUGGCUUGUGCACUGGGGUCACCCCGGGAACAUGGCCGUUGUGUUGUUUGCCAUGGGCGGUUAUGGAACUUAUUUGGGAUUUCGCAUUCGUUUUUCGAAUGAUGUGGAGGAGAAGGCUAAGGCCAAAGAUUUGCACCCGAAGCUUCUCGGAGGAAUGUUUUUUUUCUUUGCUCUCGGGGCUACCGGUGGAGUAACAUCCCUUCUCACAUCAGACAAGCCCAUCUUUGAAAGUCCUCAUGCUGUAACAGCCUUCAUUGGCCUAGCUCUCUUAACAAUUCAAACGAUUUUGCCAGCACUAUUCGAGGGCAACCCCGGAUUGCGUAAUGUUCAUGGAAUUUUGGGCAGUGGCAUUAUGACAUUGUUCCUUGUUCAUGCUGCCCUCGGACUUCAGCUUGGACUGAGUUACUGA